AUGGGUAGAAGUAAAGUUAGAAAAAUUAAACCAAAAAAAAAAAAACCAAUAAAACUGGAAACGCAGUUUAAUUGCCCUUUUUGUAGUUAUAAGAAAUCAAUUGAUAUAAAAAUGCAUAGAUCAAAAGGAAUAGGUGAAUUAAAUUGUUUAAAAUGUGGAGUAAAAUAUGUAAAUCAAAUAACUAAUUUAGAUGAAUGUAUUGAUGUAUAUAGUGAAUGGGUAGAUAAGUGUCUAGACGUUAAUAAAAAAGGAUGUAAUGAAAUUUAUUUUAAUGAAGAAUUGGAAUCUUUUAAUAACUUAGAGGAAAAAUCAAUUAUUGAUAAUACUUCCAGUUAA